GUUUUCAAAUCGCUCUGCAGCUGACGGAGCUGUCAAAACAGACGACAGGAGGAGAGAGUGACCGGUGAGGACACAGACAGCGAUCAAACUAACGCCUCAUAAUAAGCCAAACAAAACAUUUAUCCACAUUCUGAAGCCAUGAGGACAAGCGAGUUUGACUCCUCAUCCGAGGACGAGGAAGUAGGAGAAGAGCAGCUGACUCCCUUCCACGUUUCCUGGUUACCUCUGUCCAUAGUGGAGUGCUCACAGUUUCUUGGGAUAUGUGCACUACCAGGUUGCAAGUACAAAGAUAUCCGCAGGAGUCUGGAGAGAGAUGUUGAGGAGCUUCAGAACCAGGGUGUACAGGAGGUGUUUGUGUUCUGCACCAGAGGAGAACUGAACAAGUACAGAGUUCCCUCCCUGCUGGACGUCUACCAGCAGCGAGGCUUCACGGUUCACCACAUGCCCUUUCCAGACGGAGACGCUCCAGAGCUGGAGCAGUGCUGCCAGAUCCUCGAGGAGCUGCAGGUCAGCCUCGAGAACAACAGGAGGACUGUGAUCCACUGUUACGGCGGCCUGGGACGCUCUGGAUUAAUUGCUGCCUGUCUGCUGCUUCAACUCUCUGUGACUCUGACGGCAAACAAAGCAAUCGAAAUCCUCCGGGAGCACCGAGGAGGAGGAGCGAUACAAACAGUGAAGCAAUAUAAUUUCCUCCAUGAGUUUCGGGAACGCUACACGGCCUUCCAGGAGAGCAGAGAGGCGUCCACAGAGCGCUCGGUGUCUCGGUGAUCGCCGCUCUCUCCUCAAAACACGCGCUGUAAAAAUUCUGAUAUCUCUGUUAGUGAUUCUGUCCUGAAGCUGUGAUGUAAUUGUAUCCUCGGAUGUCUGCACUUUAACAGAAUACUCUAAUAUAUUUGCUUUUUUUUUUUCCUCAUCCUCAUUAUAAUCAAAUUGAAGACGUGAUGAGGGGAUCCUGCUGGGGUGUCGACUUUAAAAUGUUCUGUGCCGUUAAUGCUGCAGUUAAAAGGCAAAAUGGAGAUUUUGCUUAUAAACUUUUAGGAUGUGAACUUGGGGAAAGUCUUCUGUCUGCUGUACUGGAAGAUGCGGAUAAAUCAAACUUGACAUCUUCUCGGAUGUCAACGCUAACUUUUGGCAUAGUUGCUAUUUAAUUCCUCGUAGUUGGUAUCGACUACUCUUUAAGUCUGCAAAUCAUGUUUUAGAAGACACUGAACAAUAUUUGCUUGUCUGAUUAAGUCUGUGAAACUGCUCGUUAGCCAGAUGUAAACUCUGUCUUCUCUUGUUUUUAUAGGCCUUCAAAAUAAAAAAUGUUAGUCUGAUGUCUCAUUUCUACUGUAGUCAUAACUUAGCUCUGAACAAUAGAAAGACUUUGAGGUACAUGCUAAUAAUAAGUAUGCUAACAUGCUUACUAUGAUGAUGCUAACAAGGCAGAUAUGUUUCAGGCUCACUGUCAUUGUUUUUUGUGUUAGGGAUCACCAGUUAUAAUUCAUCCUGUGUGGACAAUGACUGUCUGACACAUUUCAGAGACAUUGAUGCUGUAGUUAUUUAAAUACAUCAAUAACAAACAAUAUUACAUGAAGGGGGUCGUCACAUUUAUCAUUUGACUACAUCGUCUGGGAACCAUGAAUGUCUUAAACGUUACUCAUGUACUCAUUUUCUUUAAAGGUGCAAUAUGCAGGAAGUGGAUACCUGUCCAAAUUCAUACUCGCAAUAAUCAGGAAGCAGCAUAUCACCAGAGCAACCGCUAAGUGCUAGUUGUUAGCAUGCUAACUUCAGAAGAUAUCUCUGCAACACAAUAUAUAGACGUCAUGUCAGAACUGUUAUUUCUUCACAUUGUCAAUUUUUAAAUUAAAAUUCUUACAUACUUGCCCUUUAAAAGUUAUUAAUUUAAAGCACCAUUCCAGUCCAUAAUAACAGAGUGGGAUACUUUAUUCAGAUUCAAAUAAACUCAUUUCCUAGAUGUGACAUGAUGGGAUCUAAUACAAAAAAUUAAAAUGUUUUAUCUGUGACAAAUGAUCAUCCCUUUCCCUGAUAAAUUUACACAUUUGAAAAAUGGCAAUAAAUACGCUAGUAUUUACUAAUUUUGUCUAAUGGAUGCGACUCUGAAAAAAGAAAAAAAAAAAAA